UCGACGCGUGAGCAUGUGAAUCGAGGUCACACGACCCGAUUCCCGAAACGAUUUCCGUAUAUUUGUAAAUGUUACGUAUAUAUUCGCGCUGUGGAGUUAAAAGUUGAUUACUAACUGAAAGACGUUGCCAAGAAUGUCAACAGCUCUGUAAAAAUACUGAAAAUUUGUGAUACCAGUGAUUUUUGCAACAAACAAAUUACAAAUGAAGAUACUAAUCCGAAAAUGCAUUUUCUGCCUUGAUUUUAAUUUAUUUGGGAUACUGUAAAAAUACAGUGAAGUGACGUAAAAUUACUCAAUGCCACCGAAACAGGGGUCAUUGCACCAGAGAAAUGCUAUUGAAGUCGUUAUUAUCGAAGAGCAGCAACAGAUCCUAAACACUGUGAAACAGUUCAAUGACCUCGCCGACAGUAUUAGUGCUGUAUUCGGCACUAUUAUGUUUCACAAUGGCAGUAGUUUUAGAACAAACAGCUGAUAAUAAUAAGUUCAAAAAUAUGAUAAGCGUAAAAGAAGGAUCAGAUACAAGAGAUGUUUAUAGUAAGAAUUUAACAAUAAGAACUAGGUCCUAUGCAUUUAAUAAUAGAAUAAAACUUAACAAUAUGAAAAAUUCCAAAAUAGAAACAAGUAGUUAUAAAAGAUAUGAAGGUGUUGUUAAAGAUAAGAAAAAAUAUGAAAUACACAUAGGAAAUAACAGUGUUUUAAACAGACAUUUAAAUAUACACAGGGAUCAUGUAGAUAAACUUAAAUAUAAUAUUAGUUCAGUGAAGGAUAACAUUAAGAAAAACAGAGUUAAAAGAGAAGAAAAAGUGCACAAAUGUGAUAGCUUCUCAUUCAAGAAGGGAAAAUCAUAUAUAUCCCAUCCCCAUAUCGGUGAUAAUGAUAAUGUCAAUUAUUCUGGGAGCACGUAUUGUACAACAGUUAUAAGUGCGCCAGAAGGAUAUGUUGUUCAGCUGACGUUCGUUGACAUGUUCCAUAUAGAAGAGCACCCGGAUUGUAGUUAUGAUUAUUUAGAAAUUCGUGAUGGAGACAAAGGAUAUUACAACCUUUUGAGCAAAGUGUGUGGAGAGAAGUUUCCACCACAAAUCACCACGACGGGUCCCAAUGCUUGGCUGAAGUUUUAUUCUGAUGACACAAUAGAAUAUAAGGGCUUCCGGAUCCAAAUUGAUUUCAUUACAAAGGACACUAGCGCCAGCAUUCCGGAGUCAUGUGCCACAUCACUGUCGGGGAAGUACGGCAGUUUUGAUUCAGAAAAUUUAAAUGAAGACUGCAAAGACAGAACUACGAACCAAGCGCUUGACUAUCUUUGGAGCAUCGACGUACCAGAUGGGCAUAGAAUCUACCUUAAUUUCACCACAUACAUGGUCGGUGAACCCAACGAGUGUGACAAAAACUUCGUACAAGUUUUUGGAAGUAUACUGGAAUAUGAAGAAAAACUAGCACAUUACUGUGGAUCAGUGGCUAUGCCGGUGAUCACGCCGGGGCCCAGUGCCAAGGCCGGCGAGGUUAUAGAGGACGAUGACCAAGGCAACAUAAUGCACGUCCGACUUUACGCGGCGAAAGAACAAAGGACGAAAACUUUUAUUGACGCUACGUUCACCGCUUUUCGGACUUUGGAUUUGUAUAAAAAUAAUACAUGCGAUGCAGAAACCGAAUUUGACUGUCAGGACAACACUUGCAUCGACAUCGAUUUGAAAUGCAACAAUUAUGCCAACUGCAGGCUCAAAGCUGAUGAAGAGAAGGAUCUAUGCAAGCAUACGACCGAAUCUCUAAUCCAACAACCUCGUAUUCAACUCAUCGUGAGCAUCUUCGGCGUCAUCCUCUCCGGCAUCAGCUUGGUGAUCUGCUUCAAGUGUAUUAAGAAACUGUACAAUGACCACAAAGUCAUUAAAGAACAGAUCCACCUAUCGUGUGAAGAUAAGUUAGACAGCAUGAUUGGCAGUCGACUUAUACUGGAUCAGAAGAGAAUGGAUGGCGACAGCGAGCCGCGGGAAAGCCUGGAAAGAGACAAUCAUGUCAAUCAAUCAAUCAAACAUACAAAUGAGAUGUUCAAACAGCAGAGAAAUUUGCAACAGAAACUACGCCCAAUGAGUAUUGACUCAGACUACAUCCUUGAGAGCGAUCUAGAUCUUGAAGAAGAGCUAUUGCACCAAAAUGCAAAAAAUAGAUUCCCUAAAACAGAGCAACUAUUUGAAGAAAGAUCAAGAAGAAACGGAAUUGAAAAUAUAAAAAUAGAAGACAACAAACAGAUCGUCAAAGAAGAAGCGUCAGACAUAAAAGAUAAAAAAAUGGAACGAAAUGAAAGAAGCAAAAAUAAAGAAUACAAGCAUGAUUUCAAUGAAAAAGAAACAUUGACAAGAAGCCAAGAGGCUGAAGAAAGAGAUGAAGUACAUGAAUUAAGAGAUGUGUCAGUCAGUGUUCCAGAUACCAAACAAACUGGGUGUCAAACAAGGGACAGUUUGUUCGAAACAGCUCCAAUAUUACCACUGAAUGGUUCAGGCAACGCCAAUAGCAGAAGCUUAUCCAAGUUAAGGCAAUCCAGUGCGAGUGUAGUUAGGCCGUCGCCCCCUCAGAUUAAGCCCUCAGAUAUUGUCAUCGAAGUCAUCAAACCAAUUGCAGAGGAGGAGCGUAAACCACUGAAAAAAGUCCCGGACCGUCGUCCCAUAAGAGCGGAAACUACCCGAUCAGCCCCGGAUGUCAUUAUUUUAGCAAAGCCAACGCCUUGAGUAACCAGUGAGAUCAAUGACCUCGAAACACUCGAAGCAGUCAGGGACUUAUAAUGAUGAAACCAAACGGAAGCGGGGAUGUCUUUAAUAGUGUUUCAUAAUCUCAUACGCAGAAAAACCAAAGUCACCGACAUAACUCAACAAGUCGCGAAGCUGAAGUGGCAAUGACCGGGUCACAUAGUUUGAAGAGCCGAUCGACAUUUUGGUCUCAAGGUGCUGUUAUGGCGACCCCGCACUAGGAAACGCAGUGUUCCACGCCAGGUGGAUUGACGAUAUCAACCGAUUCGCAGGCAUUCGCUGGAUGCAGGCGGCUCAGGAUCGUGAUGUUUGGAAGUCCCUACAAAAGGCCUAUGUCCUGCAGUGGACGUCCAUCGGCUGAUAUGAUGAUGAAUCUCAUAAGACAGAUAGAAGAACAUUACGUAUAAAACAGACAACAUUGAGAUCGAAUAUAGUGCGUGCCUAUCUAUAUCUAAGUCAGUUAAGCAAGAUAAAAGCGACUGAUAUGGUAGCUCCACGUAGUAUUUAUAGUUUAUGUUGAUAAGUUCCGGUUGUUUCAAGGUCAUAACUCAUUAGAGCUCCCUGCAUCUGCAAGAUAAGAAAGAAAGAAAGUAAAUAAAUUUAUUCAUAUCAAAAAGUUACAUACAGUAACCUAUUCUUAUGACAGAAUGUCUGUCUGUAACCCUUAAAAAGAAAGGGUGUACAGCUAAGCAUAAUAUGCUGUGUACUACAUACAAGCACAAUACACGGCGCUGAUUUUCAGCUGAGAUCCGUGUGACGUCACAGCUAAUAUGAACUAAAUUAAAAUAAGCAGUAAAUAUGUGUUGAAUUUAUAAAUAAACAAUUAUACUAAUUAAACUACAGAUAUAUACAGUAAUUAAAGAUCACUCGCACGUGUACCUACAUUUAUUGUUAACGAGACGAAGUGUUUCUGUGGAAUUGUUUAAUAAUAUUUUCACUGGUGACAACGCGGCGUCCAUAUAUGGACCUUCUGUAAGAGAGAGAGUGGACGCCGAACGAUAAAAUGGUUGGUCGGACGCCGGAUGGCUCUUAUGGGUUAUAACCCUUAGCGCAUUGCAUUUAAUCCUGCAUUUGUUUGUUUUCUAGCUGAUAUUUUUUGAGCGUUUGUAAAACGGUUGAAUAUUUGGAAUGUGCUUUUGGUGAUUUUUAGUUUUUUUAGUGCUAUUGUAUUUAUAAAUAAAAGCUUUGGAACGCUUUGAACGUUAAUAUGUAGUUUUCCGUGGCAGUGGUGUCGAACUAAUUGUUCAAUUGUCCAAUAUUUUUGGAUAUUCAGUUUUUUACGGUUAACUUUAUUUCUUUACGUUUCAUUUAUUAAUUCGGAUGUUCCUAUUUACUAUGAAAUACCUAUUUAAAUUAAUUACCUGAGAAAGAGAAGUUUUGGAGAUUAGACUGAACGGAAUAACAGAUCAAUAAUUUAAAAUUGGUCUUUCGGUUCUGCUUUCCUCUUUUUAUCGUCCUUUAUAAUUUUGUCAAAGUAAUCAGUAUACAGUAGCAAUAAUAAAAAUAUUAUAUAAUACUUAUAUUAUGUAUAUAAGAUAAGAACAUGUAAAUAAAUUUCUCGUAUUCAUUAUAUACAUAUUAUAUAAA